CCCUGCGUAGCCUAAAUGUCGCAGAGCUGCACACUGCCCCGCAUCUUUUUUUGGGGGAGCGAGCGCGACGAAACAGGGUGUCUGCGCUCGAUGGGCAUCUACCGGCUGGACCAGUGCGAAGAGGGGGGGAAAUAUAUUUAACAGCCAGUUGUUGUCGGAAUUUAUCAGAUUAACCAUUUCACCGAGCAUCGGAGGUACUGAUUAGAAAACAGGGGAGGGAGGAGAAAAUGUCUCAUAGGUUAGGCUUCAGGCAGGGCGCCGUCUGACUUCUUCGAAGCCCAGAAAACUUUGUAGGUUUUUAUUUUUAAUUUGGGCUUUUUUCUUUAUAUCCUCCGGACUAAAGGAUGUUGCACUUGAAACCCCACAAGGCUUCAAGAAGGGGUUGAUGCUAUAGCUGCUACCGUGGAUGGUACAAACCUAAAGACUAAGUAGCUGCAGGAUGAAAACAUGGCCGCACCCCUUCUUGCACCGCCAGGACCUGACAGCUUCAAGAAGUUUACUCCAGAAUCUUUGGCGGUCCUUGAGCAGCGCAUCCAAGAGGAGAAGAACAAAAAGCCACCCAAGCAGGACAGCAGCUACCGCGACGACGAUGACGAGAACAAGCCCAAACCCAACAGCGACCUGGAGGCUGGGAAGAGCCUGCCCUACAUCUAUGGGGACAUCCCUAAGGGAAUGGUGGCGGUACCACUGGAGGAUCUGGACCCAUUCUACGUGAAUACUCAAAAAACAUUUAUAGUGCUAAAUAAAGGGAAGACAAUCUUCCGUUUUAGUGCCACACCUGCCUUGUACUUAAUAAGUCCUUUUAAUCCGGUUAGGCGAUUAGCUAUUAAAAUUUUGAUACAUUCUCUUUUCAGCAUGAUCAUUAUGUGUACUAUUUUGACCAACUGUAUAUUCAUGACCUUUAGCGAUCCUCCUGAGUGGUCAAAACAAGUAGAGUACACGUUCACGGGAAUUUAUACGUUUGAGUCUCUUGUAAAGAUCACUGCGCGAGGCUUCUGUAUAGAUGGGUUUACAUUCCUAAGAGAUCCAUGGAACUGGCUGGAUUUCAUGGUCAUUUCGAUGGCAUAUAUAACAGAGUUUGUGGACCUGGGCAAUGUAUCUGCGCUGAGAACAUUCAGAGUUCUCCGAGCAUUGAAAACUAUCUCUGUCAUUCCAGGCCUGAAGACCAUUGUGGGUGCCCUGAUCCAAUCUGUGAAGAAGCUUUCGGAUGUGAUGAUCCUGACCGUCUUCUGUUUGAGCGUCUUUGCCCUCAUUGGUCUCCAGCUCUUCAUGGGUAACCUGCGCCACAAGUGUGUGAUCUGGCCAAUCAACACCAACGAGAGUUACCUAGCCAAUGGCAGUAAGGGCUUUGACUGGGACGAAUACAUCACGAACGACACCAACUUCUACUUCCUGCCUGGUCAGUUGGACGCUCUGCUCUGUGGGAACAGCUCAGACUCUGGCCGCUGCCCGGAGGGCUACACAUGCAUGAAAGCUGGGAGGAAUCCAAACUACGGCUACACCAGCUUUGACAGCUUCGGCUGGGCCUUCCUGGCUCUCUUCCGACUCAUGACACAGGACUUCUGGGAGAACCUUUACAUGCUGACCCUCAGGGCGGCAGGGAAGACCUACAUGAUUUUCUUUGUCUUGGUGAUCUUUGUGGGUUCAUUCUACUUGGUGAAUCUGAUCUUGGCUGUGGUAGCCAUGGCCUAUGAGGAGCAGAAUCAGGCCACCAUGGAAGAGGCUGCGCAGAAGGAAGAAGAAUUCAAGGCGAUGCUGGAGCAGCUAAAGAAGCAGCAAGAAGAUGCUCAGACGGCUGCAAUGGCAACCUCUGCAGGCACAGUGUCGGAGGAUGCGGUUGAGGACGAUGGAGGAGGGCGUCUUUCCUGCAGUUCGUCCGAGAUGUCAAAGCUCAGCUCCAAGAGCGCUAAAGAGCGCCGCAACCGUAAGAAGAAGUGGCGGCAGAAGGAGCAGGAGAAGGAGAAAGGCGACAGCGAGAAGUUUGUCAAGUCAGAGUCGGACGAUGGCAGCAAAAGGAGCCGCUUCAGAUUCCCCGAUAACCGCUUGGGCCGAAAGUCUUCCAUCAUGAACCAGUCUCUCCUGAGUAUACCGGGCUCACCCUUCCUCUCACGCCACAACAGCAAGAGCAGCAUCUUCAGUUUUAAGGGCCGCAGCAAGGACGUGGGCUCGGAGAACGAAUUCGCCGACGAUGAGCACAGCACCGUUGAGGAGUGCGAGGAGCGGCGAGGCUCCCUGUUCAGCCCGUACCGGCGGAGCAGCUACACUGGCUUCCAUGGCAAGAGGAACAGCACGGUGGACUGCAACGGCGUGGUGUCGCUCAUUGGCCCCGGGCCCGGUGGACGCCUUCUGCCUGAGGUGAAAAUAGAUAAGGCAGCUACUGACGAAAGUCCGACUACUGAGGUUGAGGUGAAGAAGAAGCUGUCGGGCUCCCUGAUGGUGUCUGUGGACCAGCUCAAUACCUCCUUUGGGCGGAAAGAGCGGGCCAACAGUGUCAUGAGCGUCAUUACCAACACACUAGUGGAGGAACUGGAGGAGUCUCAGCGCAAGUGUCCCCCAUGCUGGUAUAAGUUUGCUAACACAUUCCUGAUCUGGGAGUGCAGCCCCAUGUGGAUUAAGAUCAAGGAGAUAGUGAACCUUAUAGUCAUGGAUCCCUUUGUGGACCUGGCCAUCACCAUCUGUAUCGUCCUAAACACCCUCUUCAUGGCUAUGGAGCAUUACCCCAUGACCCCUGACUUUGAAGAUAUGCUGUCUGUAGGAAAUCUGGUUUUCACGGGGAUCUUCGCAGGAGAGAUGCUUUUCAAGCUUGUAGCUAUGGAUCCGUACUACUACUUUCAGGAGGCCUGGAACUGUUUCGAUGGAUUCAUUGUGACUCUGAGCUUAGUGGAGCUUGCUCUGGCUGACGUUGAGGGCCUCUCAGUCCUGCGGUCAUUCCGAUUGCUCAGAGUGUUUAAGCUGGCCAAGUCGUGGCCCACUCUCAACAUGCUGAUCAAGAUCAUUGGUAACUCAGUGGGAGCCUUGGGAAAUCUGACUCUGGUGCUGGCCAUCAUUGUCUUUAUCUUUGCUGUGGUGGGCAUGCAGCUGUUUGGGAAGAAUUACAAAGACUGUGUGUGUAAGAUCUCUGCUGAAUGUGAGCUGCCCCGCUGGCACAUGAAUGACUUCUUCCACUCCUUCCUGAUCGUCUUUCGUGUCCUGUGUGGUGAGUGGAUCGAGACCAUGUGGGACUGCAUGGAGGUGGCCGGCCAGGCAAUGUGCCUAAUCGUCUUCAUGAUGGUCAUGGUCAUCGGUAACCUGGUGGUUUUGAACCUGUUCCUUGCCUUGUUGCUGAGCUCAUUCAGUGCUGACAACUUGGCGGCGACAGAUGAUGACGGUGAGCCGAACAACCUGCAGAUUUCUGUCAUGCGCAUCAAGAAAGGCAUCGCAUGGAUAAAAGCCAAGAUGCGAUUACUGGUGGCCAGUCUGCUGAGGAAACCACCGAUGGAAGAUGAGCAGAAACCUUUGGAAGACAUGUACGACAAGAAACUGAACUGUAUCGCUAAUCACACUGGGGUGGACAUUAACCGUGACCUGGACUAUGCCAAAAAUGGUAACGGCACUACCAGUGGUAUUGGCAGCAGCGUGGGCAAGUACAUGAUCGACGAAGACCACAUGUCCUUUAUCCACAACCCAAAUCUGACCGUUUGCGUACCAAUAGCUGUGGGAGAGUCCGACUUUGAGAACCUCAACACAGAGGACUUCAGCAGCGAGUCAGACAAUGAGAACAGCAAAGAGCUGGAUGACACCAGUUCUUCGGAGGGCAGCACCAUCGACAUCAAACCAGACGUGGAGGAGGUGGUUGUGGUGGAGACGGUUGAGGAAUACAUGGAACCAGAGCCAUGUUGGACAGAUGCGUGCGUGGCCAAGUAUAAAUGCUGUGAUGUUGACAUCACUAUGGGAUGGGGGAAGAGCUGGUGGUUCCUGAGAAAAACCUGCUACCUGAUUGUGGAACACAACUGGUUUGAGACGCUCAUCAUCUUCAUGAUUCUCCUCAGCAGUGGUGCUCUGGCCUUCGAGGAUGUGUACAUUGAGCAGAGGAAGACCAUUCGGAUCAUUUUGGAGUAUGCUGACCGGGUGUUCACCUACAUUUUUAUCCUGGAGAUGUUGCUGAAGUGGGUUGCCUAUGGUUUUGUCAAGUAUUUCACCAAUGCCUGGUGCUGGCUGGACUUCUUCAUUGUGGAUGUGUCUAUAGUCAGCCUUGUAGCUAAUGCGCUGGGCUACUCCGAUCUAGGGCCCAUUAAAUCACUCAGGACACUAAGGGCCUUGAGACCCCUCAGAGCCUUGUCACGUUUUGAAGGGAUGAGGGUGGUAGUCAACGCCUUGGUGGGUGCCAUCCCUUCCAUUAUGAAUGUGUUGCUGGUUUGCCUCAUCUUUUGGCUGAUUUUCAGUAUCAUGGGGGUCAAUCUCUUUGCGGGCAAGUACUACUACUGUUUCAAUGAGACAUCCGAGGAAUAUUUUCCCACCAGCGUGGUCGACAACAAGACCCAGUGCUUCGAACUCAUUAACCAAAACAAUUCUGAGGUCAGGUGGAAGAAUGUCAAAAUCAACUUUGACAAUGUGGGCGCCGGCUAUCUCGCACUGCUGCAAGUGGCCACAUUCAAAGGGUGGAUGGACAUUAUGUAUGCAGCUGUGGAUUCAAGAGAGGUGGAGGACCAGCCUGACUAUGAAGUCAAUAUCUACAUGUACAUCUACUUUGUUGUCUUCAUCAUAUUUGGCUCCUUCUUUACCCUGAACCUCUUCAUUGGUGUGAUCAUUGACAACUUCAACCAGCAAAAGAAAAAGUUUGGAGGUCAGGACAUCUUCAUGACAGAGGAACAGAAGAAGUACUACAACGCCAUGAAAAAACUGGGAUCCAAAAAGCCACAGAAACCUAUUCCUCGACCACAGAAUAAAAUCCAGGGGAUGGUGUUUGACUUUGUGACACAGCAAGUCUUUGACAUCUCCAUUAUGAUACUAAUCUGCCUCAACAUGGUCACCAUGAUGGUGGAAACGGACGAUCAGUCAGAUGAAACCGAGAUCGUCCUCUACUGGGUCAACUUCAUCUUUAUUGUAAUCUUUACCACGGAGUUCUUGCUGAAGCUUUUUGCGCUCCGCCACUAUUACUUCACCAACGGCUGGAAUAUCUUUGACGUUGUGGUGGUCAUCCUAUCCAUUGUUGGUAUGUUCCUGGCUGACCUUAUUGAGAAGUACUUUGUGUCACCGACCUUGUUUAGGGUAAUCAGGUUGGCUCGUAUUGGCCGUAUUCUUCGUCUGAUCAAAGGAGCAAAGGGCAUCCGGACUUUACUCUUUGCUUUGAUGAUGUCACUGCCAGCUCUUUUCAAUAUUGGCCUACUGCUCUUCCUCGUCAUGUUCAUCUUCUCCAUAUUUGGCAUGUCUAACUUUGGCUACGUAAAACAUGGAGCGGGGAUUGAUGACUUGUACAACUUUGAGACCUUUGGCAACAGCAUGAUCAUCCUGUUCAUGAUCACCACAUCGGCUGGCUGGGAUGGCUUGCUACUGCCGAUCCUCAACUACCCGCCAGACUGUGAUCCCAACUUGGAGAACCCUGGGACUUCAGUGAAAGGUGACUGUGGUAACCCGUCAGUGGGAAUCUUCUUUUUUGUCAUGUAUAUCAUCAUAUCUUUCCUGAUUGUGGUUAACAUGUACAUCGCCAUCAUCCUGGAGAACUUCAGCGUGGCUACAGAGGAAAGUGCCGAUCCCCUCAGCGAGGACGACUUUGAGACCUUCUAUGAGAUCUGGGAGAAGUUCGAUCCCACUGCCUCUCAGUUCAUUUCUUUUGCCAAGCUACCUGACUUUGCUGAUGCUUUGGAGCACCCACUUCGUGUGCCAAAGCCCAACACUAUAGAACUAAUUGCCAUGGACAUGCCCAUGGUGAGCGGCGAUCGCAUACACUGCCUGGACAUCUUGUUUGCCUUCACAAAGCGUGUGCUGGGUGACAGUGGUGAGUUGGACAUGCUGAGGCAGCAGAUGGAGGAGCGUUUCGUGGCAGCCAACCCCUCCAAAGUGUCGUAUGAACCCAUCACCACCACCCUCCGCCGCAAACAGGAGGAUGUCUCUGCCAGAACUAUCCAGAAUGCCUACCGCGCUCACCUCAUCAGGCGCGGGAUCAUCUUCAAGCGCGUUUUUGCUAACAAUAAGCUGGAGAACGGCGGGACCAACCAGGAGAAGAAGGAGAGCACACCAUCCACAGCCUCUCUGCCGUCUUAUGACAGCGUGACCAAACCCGAAAAGGAGAAACAGGAUGAUAACAAGGAGGAGUGGGCCAGGAAAGAGAAGGACAAAAACCAAAAAGAUGAGUGGGAAUCCAAGUGUUAGGAUUCAGUGACUCUUAAAACCCAAUAAACACAGCCAGAUGAGACUCUGAGCCCGAACCCAACAAAUGUCAAAAAAGUGAUGAUCAUUUGCAAGCAAGAGAAAUAUAACAAAAAAAAAAAAAAAAUGUUUACAUAUUCAAAUACUGCUAAGGCAAUGUGGUUUCCUAUGUCGUCAAAGACAGCUGAACCAAACACAAUCAGUUUACUGCUGAACUUUUUCUGCGUUGAGACCAAGCUCAUAGAAAUGAGGAAUUAAAAAAAACAAUGCUGAAAAACAGUAACUCACAGUGUGCUGGCCAUUGGCACACUAUUUCUUUGGGGACCAACUGCCAAGGUACAGAAAUCUCUGCCAGAUGAUUGGACAAUUGCGAAAUACCUGCCACCACCGAGUGUGGAACCCCGGAGCUUUGCUGCGGGACUGGAUCAUGCCGAUCCCAAGAGAACUGUAUUAGCAGUCUAAAGGAGGGUCUUAAAUGCUGAGUUUACCAUCUUUAUCGAGGAGAAAACAAUGAUCAACCAAGCAAGUUUAGCUUUGAAAGAAACACUAGUGAGGGAGGGGGAAACCCAGAACCGUAGACAAAGAUUUUUGUUUGUUUGUGCCGAGUAUACUUGCAUCUUUACAUUAUUUGAGCAGCAAAAAAAAAAAGGAAAGAAAAAAGAAAAAAAAAAGAUAACAUUUAGCCCAUGUCACUGGUCUUUCCAUCUUCUCUUUGUUAUACUGACAUUGAAAAAGACAUUUUCUACAUGGGCUUUCACACUCACUGGGUAGGGGUCAUUAGUCAUCGUUUUGACUUGGGCUGAAGGAGACUUGCUCAGACCGAGUUCCAGAUAAAUAAUAAUUAUUGUGCUCGUUCAAUGCAUAGAAAUGACUUGCAUGAAGGCAUGUUUUGACCAGGAAUCAUGCAUGAGUAAUCAUAGUCCACAAGACACUAAUUCUCAGACCACUGCAGUGGCUUGACUACAAGUUAGAGGCUGUCCACGUGGGAAAUUACAAGAACUUUAGAUGGAAAACAAAGAAUAUUGGGGGAAUGAUAUUCCUAUGAUCCCUGUCACCCUUCACUAGUUUUCCUUUCUGAACUGACAGAUCUUCUAAGUUCAGCUCCUAAUUAUUUUUGUUUUUAAUGUGAAUGAAAGAUGUAAGCACUCAGAUGCAAAGUCUCAGUCGGAUCAGCCAACAACACGAAGUCGAAGCGUUUUUUUGCCGCUUUGGAUGUUUAUCAACAAUAAAGAGUGUGGAGAGGACGAGUAUUAUGAAGCAGAAUAUCCUCAUGUUGAGGCUGCACAGAUUUAGAGGGCCAAAUCUGGGGCAUACAUCUCUUUGUUUACUCACCAUGGAGUCACUUUUCUUGUUUCCUGUGGUCCUUAUUAGGGCAGCGAGAGGAGGUGAUGUUUUGCGCCAAGGAAUCCAUAUCUGGCACUAGUGCUCGUGCAUCAGUUGGUGUUCCCUUUACUGCUGUAGUUCCUGCAGAGGGGACAGAAAUAUGGUCGUGGUUUUUGUUUUUUCUUUCCCGUUGGUUCUUUUAUUUUGUGUGUGUGAGUGUAUAGGGCUAGUGGGAGAACUUAAAAUUGUUUGGGUAAAAACAUUGAACACUUUUACUGAUUCAGAAUUUCCCAGUGAAUGAUUUCUUAGGCAGUGCUUUUCAAACAUUUUGAGUUGCCAGCUUCAGGAAAAAGCCUUGAAGUCCUUCUCUGAUGUCCUUUUAAUGGCUUUUAUCAGUGGGAAUGACACUGGCCAUCCGAUACCACGGAGUUAGCAGUGAAUUAUCACCAGGCCACGCCCAGCGUACAAGUAAGGUGGAUAGCGAUGAGGGCUUAAUGUUUUCAACUGUAGUGUUAAAUGGAUGCUGUUUGGUAUUUCAGGGAGGUUGCUGUGUGAUAAGCAUCACCAGAUAACGGUGGACCAAUAAAUAGUUCGAGAUCUUCCCUUCAGAGUUAAAGACUGACUGCCAUGAGAAGAUGAAUGCAGAUGAACAGAGUAGUGCUUUGGUCUGAGUCGGAGUGCUGAAAGUCCCAUGUUUGUCAGUGUAUCAAUGUGCUUUUGUGGGACCUCUCAAAACACUGUGUGGUGUUGGACCCAGACUCGCACCAUCUUUUCACAUAUUUGCAGCCUUUCAAAACGCUGUCACCUGCUUCAGAAAUAAUUAGCCAGGUAUGGAGUUAGGAGGGCUAACACUCGCCGAAAAAAUACAUCAGCAGGCCUCUCAUCGACGCAGUUAUGUUGUAUAAUAAGCUUUGUGGGUGUUUUUCAUAUUAAAAAACAAACAAACAAACAAAAAAAAACAAAGACAAAAAAACUGAGGCUUUGUCUGUUGCUAGACAAGACGCAACUGCCUCCAUAGGUGUUCUGCCAUUUGUUUUCUACACAGGAGUGAUGGUCCUAUUUAUAAGUGGAUGACCGGACUUAAAUCCGGCAUCCAUCAUCACACCACUAAUGCCAUUUGGUGUGUUUAACACUGCCUGUACCAGAAUCCCCUGUACAAUGAUGACUGAGGUCUGUUUACAAUAUGAGGUCUCUGAAUCAGUUUGGCUGCUGCACACUGAAACCAAAUACAUUCCCAACGAGAACCACAGGAGGUGUAGGUAACGUCAUCAGAUUUACCCAUGCUCAUCUUGGAUGUAAUGUUUUAGAAUGAUGCAUUCACACUUGAAAAAAGAAAAAAGAAAAACAAACAAAAACGAGCAAAAAGAAAAAAGACAAAAAAUAAGAAGAACACAAAAACAUAUAUAUGUACAGUGCAGGCUCUGAUGUAAAUGGCACAAUCGCUGAAAAAGAAUGAACUUUUUGAGAGAAACUAUAAAUAUUGUAUUAUAUUCUUUUAUUUUAUCGGCAUGCUUUGUUGUGUUUUUUUGUAAAUACGGAAUUUUAAAAAUGUUACUAUUAAUAAUCGAAAAAAAAGAGAAUAAUAACAACAAUAUAGAAUGGCUUCCAGCUAUGCCCUUUGUCACAUUUGUUACCUUUUGGAUUUUUUGAGACACUUUUCACUUUGUUGACGGAAAUUGAAUGAAAUAUAGAUAUUAUAUAAUACAAAAGAUAUAUACAUGUAUACAUAUAUGUCUAUAUGUAUAUACAUAAAACAGAAGAACACUGUUUGUCACAUUUAAUUUAUGUGCAACACGUUCAGUGGAUGUCUAAAACUGGUUGUUUCCAGCACCCUUCUAUGUUGGGGAAUAUCUCAUGUGCGAUGUUACUGGAUGUAGCCUAAACAUGACAAACGGAUAAUGUUACCAGCACAUUUCUCACUUAACUGUCAUAUCUCUCAUGGUCAGAGUAUACAGGACGCACCCACAGUCACAGACACGGACACACGAAGGUGACUUUUCCUCACUGCCCACCAACAUCACCGGUGAUCUCUUCCAAGAAGGACGUCAGCUGGUGUGACUGACUGCCUCAUGCACCCUGAGACAAUUCCUACCACGGGGACUUUUUUAAAAAAUGUUUUCCUCACAUGCCCACACAUCAGUGCCAUUGCAGCUCAACACACAGAGUCGCGUACUUGCUUCGCAUUCUCACGUUAUUUUCGUUGAAUGGUUUCUUUCUAGUGUUCCACUCUAUGGCAUGUGCCUUUUUUCUGCUUUUUCUGCAAAUUUGGAUGUCAAUGCCACACUGAAAAAAAAUGUUAAAAUGGAAAAGAGAGAGAGAGAAAGAAACCAAAACAUAUUUCCAAACUGUGGAGGGUAGGAGGUUUUGGGGGUGAGCACAACAUUAAUCAGGGAUGUCGACUUAGAAAUACUGCCAGAGGAUGAUCCAGACACCCCACUUCAUCUUAAUAUUCAACAGUGUGUGAUGUUAACAGAAAAACAGCUAACUCAAAAAAAAAAAAAAAAGUCCUGUUCUUAGUGCUAUGUGUGUCACCCACUUGGCUUGUGAAAAAGCAGCUUGCCUUCUAUAUUUUGGUUUUCUUUCUUCUAUAUAUUUCUGUUUCCAUCUGAAAUUUAUUUUUGUAUCAAUAUUUGAUUAUAGGACUCAUUCUUUUUUUUUAAAGCAUGGUUUAUUAUGGGCGUUUUUUUUUCUUCUUUUUUUUUGCUGAAAAAUUAAAAAAAAGUGCUUUUCAAACUGUUGUUAUCAUUUGACACCGUGAUAAAAGAGGUUAUACAGUACAAUAUGAUGGUGUGUUGCACAACCACUUGGACUCUUGGUAAGAAUAUAUGAAAGAUUGUCUUCAUUUGAGCACGAACCUUUUUAUUACCAAUAAAGCAGCCUUCCAGUUA